CAAGCUCAUCCAGCUCAGUCACAGCCGCCCCCCAACAACCAAGUCAAAAUGAAAUUCCUCAUUGUGUUCGCCCUGAUAGCCUGCGCGGCCGCCGAUGUUAGCCACCUGACCAAGUAUCUGCCCCCCAACAAUGAGUAUCUGCCUCCUGUCCAGAAUACCUACUCUGCUCCUUCGGUGAGCUAUUCCGCCCCUGUGCAGAGCUACUCCGCCCCUGUGCAGAGCUACUCCGCCCCUGUGCAGAGCUACUCCGCCCCUGUGCAGAGCUACUCUGCUCCCUCGGUGAGCUAUUCCGCCCCCGCUGUCCAGCAGAGCUAUGUUGCUCCCAGCAAUGAGUACCUGCCCCCCGUUCAGCAAACCUACUCCGCCCCUGUGGCCCAGAGGACUUACUCUGCUCCCUCGGUCAGCUACUCCGCUCCUGUCCAGCACAGCUACUCUGCUCCCUCGGUCAGCUACUCCGCUCCUGUCCAGCAGUCGUACUCGGCUCCCUCGGUGAGUUACUCCGCUCCUGUCCAGAGCUACUCUGCUCCCAUUCAGCAGACCUAUGCUGCUUCCUCGGUGAGCUACUCCGCUCCCGUCCAGCAGACGUACUCCGCCCCCGCCGUGGAUGUGGGCACUCAGUAUGCCUCCAACGGUGGCUAUGUCUACAGGAAGUAAAUGGGGUCUCAGCAACUGAUCCCAGUGUAAAUAACAAGCAAACUGCCCUAAAUUACCAUAUGUAAUACAUAUAUAUUUUUUUUUUGUAUUGUAAACUUUG